GUCUUACUUGAACCCCCCUGUGUAUUCGGGUAAUCUCAUCGCCCGUUGAUUUGCCCGGACAGUACCUGGACUCUUCAUCUUACUCAGACUUUCGACACCUGACCCUCGUCCUGACGAGAACGGCCACAAUGCAAGGACACGGCCGCAGCACUGUCCAAUAGCAAGCCAGAUGAGAGUUUUAAAGUCUUUGAUAUAUACUCAAUCCCUGCAUUCACGCCUCCCAUGAGACCAUGUCCCGGAACCCUUGGCCUGGACCCAUCGCCGCUCGGCAUACCAGGGUAACUGGACAGGUAUGAAGUCUGCGAUGCACAGCCCAAGCCCGCUUGAGCAUCGUAGUAUAUAGUCCGGAUGGUGGAGUCGUUCUUUGAAAUAAGUCAACCAGGACUCCCAGUCCCCUUCCUUUCCUUACAAGUCCUGCUCAGGCAGUGGGUGGCAGAGAAGACAAGCAUACAAUGGCCCGUUUCCUGUCUAUCUUCCUCUUUCUAGCCUGUGUCUGGUACCGGGCUAUGGUAGUCGCCAUUCCUGUAUCUGCUAGCUUCGAUUUGGCCCUUGGAGUACCUGGGGCGACCUCGACCCUGGCGCCGGCCCCGGCUCCAGCUCCAGAGCCAAAGAGCGGUUCUGGAGGAUAUCGCUCCAUGGCUUACUUUGUCAACUGGGGCAUCUUCAAAAGGAACUACCACGCCGAAUCCCUCCCCACCGAACAGCUCACCCACGUGCUGUACGCCUUCGCCGACAUCCACCCCGACGGCGAAGUCUUCCUCACCGACGUUUACGCCGACCUCGAGCGGCGCUACCCCGGCGACCCCACCUCGGGCGAGGUCGGCAACACGGGCAACAACGUUUACGGCUCUACGAAGCAGCUGUUCCUGCUGAAAAAGCGGAAUCGCAGCCUCAAGGUGAUGCUGAGCAUCGGGGGCUGGGACUUCUCACAGCACUUUGCGGGACCAGCAGGCAGUGGGAGUGGUAGGAAACGGUUUGCAGAGACUGCGGUGAAGCUGAUGGGGGAUAUGGGGAUGGAUGGGUUGGAUGUUGACUGGGAGUAUCCUUCCAAUGAGCAGGAGGGUGAGAACAUGCUUCAGUUACUGAAGGCUACGAGACAGGAACUCGACAGAUACGCCCAAGCCAAUGCCAAAGGAGAACACUUCCUCCUCAGCGUCGCCACUGCAGCAGGCCCCACCAGAUACAAAGUCCUCAACUUAAAAGCCAUCUCCGAAGUCGCCAACUUCAUCAACCUCAUGGCCUACGACUACGCCCUCAAAGAAGACACCACAGCCGCCCACACAGCGAACAUUAACCCCUCGCUCGCCAACCCUCUCUCCACACCCUUCAACACCGAGCAAGCCAUCUCCGCGUACAUCGACGCCGGGGUGCCCCCGUCCCAGAUAUCCCUGGGCAUCCCGCUCUACGGCCGCUCCUUCGCCAACACCGACGGCCCCGGUAAGCCCUUCUCCGGCGUUGACGACACCAGCGGCCGCGGCGACGGUAGCUGGGACCCUGACGUGUGGGACGUCAAGGCGCUGCCGCGGCCUGGCGCCAAAGUUAUCACUGAACAGGAUAUUGGCGCUACUCAUAGCUAUGAUGCGCAAAGAAGGGUCAUGAUUAGCUAUGAUACGCAGGAUACCGUUAAGGAGAAGGCUGAGUAUAUUAAGCGGAAGGGUCUUGGGGGUGCGAUGUGGUGGGAGGCUAGUGGGGAUCGAGAAGUGGGUAAGGGGAGCUUGAUUGCUACGUUGGUUGAGAGCUUGGGUGGAACGGGCGGGCUGGAUACGAAGAAGAAUUUCAUCGAUUAUCCAGCUUCGCGGUAUGAAAAUCUUAGGAAGAAGUUUUCAUGACCACUUCGUCCUCUUCUUCUUGCUAUCCUUGUUCUAUUUCUUCUUUUUAUUUUUCUUCUUCUUCUUCCUCCUCGGGUUGAACCUGUCCUUUGUUCUUGGUGUUCCUUUUCUUUGUCCUUCUCUUCUUCUUCUCCUUCCCAGGCCGGUCCGGUGUCGCUCCUUCAACUUGUGUAUAGUACUACCGUACAUAUCUCUACCAACGCCCCCGAUCUAAUUCCAACACUCGUUCACAAAUAGU